ACUGCCAUGCCCGAAAGCGCUACCGUACAGUACCAUUCAACCCGGACCUGGAUACUGAAAGAUACUCACUUUUCUCCACGAUUCAAAAGCACAGCAAAAAGCUUCCACCAAAGAUUCUCACAAUUUUUCUUUCAGAACAGCAACCACCAUCACCAUGAAGGCCAGCAAUACUACUACGAAGAGCACCCUUAGUAGUUCGUCCAGUACCAUUACUGCUUCUACAUCCUCUAUUGCUACGUCUUCAUCAGUCCAAGAACGAUGGAGUGAAGCCAACAUUGCCUCGACGGUUCAACUGUGGAAAUUUGACACACGGCAAGAAUCCAUUUUGCGGCAACUCCAGCCGCUUUUAAAGGAUAUCGAUCAUUGGAAGAAUGAUCCACACGAAGUGGCGCGGUACAUGAAGGACUUUUACAAACUGUCGGUACCCAAAAUGGCAGACAAGUUUCGUCACAUGGUGGAAUGGCGGAUUUCCGAACGCAUGGAUACCUUUUGUGCAUCCUACUAUGGACAUCCACCGCCGCCCAUUUUCAGCUACUUUCCCAUUUUUCUAUUGGGCGGGUACGACUACGAAGGAGAUCCCAUUUACAUGAUUCGACCGGGAGUCCUGGAUGCCCAAGGACUCUUAUCCUUAACAUCGGCCAAGGAUAUUUUGGACUAUGUCAAGUUUCUUCAAGAAGUCACGUUGACACGGUACACUCCAGGCAUUCCCAAGCAUUGGAAUUGGCAAACCGAACAUUACGAGAAAACACAUGGUGGAAAACGCUUUACGCAAUUCACUGUCAUUGUCGAUUUGCAGGGCUUGGGGCGACGUCAUUUGCGAGGCAGUUUCUUUGGCGUUCUCCAACAAAUUACGAGAAUCGGACAAGACUAUUAUGCCGGAGUCCGCAAACGCAUCUUGAUUGUACGAGCUCCUCGCAUCUUUCAACUGGUAUGGAACGUCGUCAAGGUCUUUUUGGACGAACACGUUCACGAACUCAUUUCCAUUUCCACACCGGCGGACUAUCAUCAAGUCUGUGACCGAUAUCUCGAUCGCAAAAUUUUGCCACCGGAAAUGGGAGGACAAGGACGGGCCAUGCCGGGGUUCUUUCACGAAUUCAUUCGCAUGAAUGGAGGCAUGAUCCCCAAAGACGUUGGUACCAAAAGGUCGGGGCCGUUUGCAAAGGGUGCUCUCACCACCAGUCCAACGUUUGACAUGUCCGACGAUGACGACAACAACGAGCCAUUUACAGCUCCCACUACUACUGCGAUUGCUGUCAAGUCAUUGCUCCGAGGACACUUUGACGUAUCGUCCAUAACCAACGAGGUAACGACAGUCUCCCUGGCGGGGAAACGGACGCGACCAGAGACAAUCAACUAUUCCGCGAGAAUCUGAUAGUACUACCUGGCAAAUCCACGUAAAGCGUUGUGCUCUCAGCUUGGGGAAUACAAUUUUGUUUCUAUUAGCCUCUACGAUUGAUCAUUCUUCUAUUACCUCGGCAGGUUAACUGCCUGAGUCCUCUACCCCUUUAAUGGCAAAUGUUCUGUCUGUGGGAUCCCCCUGGUUUUUGUCUGUGGGAUCCCCUCGUUUUGUGUCUGUGGGAUCCCCUAUCCCAGUGAAGCCAGGGUAUAAGGAUAGAGAUAAUGUAAGCUGGCAAAACUGGAAAUUGAAGGUUCAAUAAAAGUUAGGGGUAGGAAUAUAUCAAUGUAAUUUAAGGUUAGUGCACUCAGGACAAAAACACAAUAAGCCAGCA